CAAUCAAAUAGUGUGUAUGCACUUUUUAGAUUUUAGGAAAAAAAAGCAUUGCCCAAUCCCCAAAGCAAUCCCCCUCUCUUCCGCCGGUCGCGACCAUGAGCACGCCUCGCCGUUGCCGCAUCUCGCCGGCGGCGUCGACAACGCCAUCCUCUCCGCCGACUAGUUGAUCUGGCCCAGACUAGUCCUCCCAACCGACCAAAUCACCCAUCAAAAAAACACUGAGAGGAGUUGCGCUGCUAAGCCUACCAUGAGCACGAGAGGGGAGAUGUCUCCCCCCGGCUGCCACCGCACCUCCCCGCCGGCCGCCUCUCUGCCAGACGACGACGACAUGCUCCGGGAGAUUCUCCUCCGCCUGCCCCCGCGGCCUUCCUCCCUCCCCCGGGCCUCCCUCGUCUGCAAGCGUUGGCGCAGCCUCGUCGCGGAUCCCCAAUUCCAGUGCCGCUUCCGCGACCACCACGGCAAGCCUCCUCUCAUUGGCUUCUUCCUCGAUUCCCGUCCGUUUGUUCCGAUUCUGGAUCCACCGGAUCGCAUCCCCGAAGCUCGCUUCUCCAUGCCUCCCCUCGAGAGCUACCGCAUCAUCGACUGUCGCCACGGGCUCGUCCUUUUCCUCGCCCACAGGAUGGUGCGCCGCUUAGUUUUGUGGGACCCCGUCGCGCGCGAGCAGCGCCGGCUGAUCUUCCCGCCGGAGCUGGACAACGCCCAGAUGUUCUUCUUCAACGGGGCCGUGCGUCGCCCUGCCCGCCGCCAAGGAUGGCAUUUCCAGGUGGCCCUGAUAGCCCGUGACGCAUUGUGCACAAGAGUUUCGGUAUGGCUUUACUCCUCAGAGACCGGGGCAUGGGGCAACAUCAACUCGCUGCAGCUGCAAUCGAUUCAGUCUAUGCCACAACCCAGCACUUUGAUCGGGAAUUCCUUUUGCUGGUUAUUUACCGUGGAUCAUGGCUGUGUCAUACUUGAGUUUGAUCUUGAUAGGCAGAGCCUAGCUGUGAUAGAGCUGCCACCACACAUAGAUAUGGAAAUCGACUUUCACAAGUUAUGGAUUAUGCCCUCCCAGGGUGGUGGGCUUGGCUUCGUCCAUCUCUCACAACACUUCCACGCCCAAUUAUGGAAGAGAGCGCCUGAUUCUGAUGGUUUGGCUGUAUGGGUGCCCGACAGAGCUGUUGAAUUCGGGGAACUUAGAUCAACUUGCAAGGGCGACUUUCUCACUUUGGUUGGGUUUGACGAGGAGAGUAAUGCAAUCCUUGUGCUGACAGCUUCUGGUGUCUUCAUGGUCUAUCUCCAGCCAAUGGAGUUCAAGAAACUUUCUGAUCCAAAGUCCUUCUGUCACCAUUAUCCAUUUGCAUGUUUCUAUCCUGCAGGUACUGCCAUUAUUGAUGGACAUGAUGGAAAUGAAGUCUUGAACAAUAUGUGAGAUGGUUGUUUGGUGAGACAUGCUAGUAUGAUGUGAUGACUGAAAGGGUGACGUAACUUUAUCUCCUAGACAUGUCCAUUAGGAUAUCUAUGCUAUUUUACAAUUUAUUGCUGCAUGGGCUUGGCUGAUGAUGUUUUCUUAUGAAAGUAUUAACUCCAUUUGUAAUUUGUAAGCAUCCAGUAAUUUGCCUAAAUAAUCGAGAACUAUAUAUACCGGAACAUAA